AUGUCAUCCGCCUCGAACACCCCACCCGAAGAUUACUUCAACGACCUUUCGCGCCCUACAGGAACCGCCAAUGGUCGAAACAACAACAGAAGCAAGAGCCCUGUAAAUGGCACGAAUGGAGAAGCUGGCAGCGGUGGAGAUCAUGAUACAGUGCCAAAGCCAAAGAGGAUAGCGUGCAUCAUAUGUCGGAAAAGGAAGCUCAAGUGCGACGGAACGAAGCCCAGUUGCUCGACAUGUACAAGAUUGGGACAUAGUUGCGCUUAUGAUGAAGUUAGGAGGAAGUCAGGUCCAAAGAGGGGUUAUGUCAAGGCGUUGGAGGAAAGACUUAGUGAGCAGUCUCUGGUUGCAUCGUGGUGGAAAUGGAUCACAAUUGACCACAAGCUGACUUUGUAUCUUUACGUAGAGCAGGUAGAGACUUUGCUAAAGACCCAGGAUCCGGUACCGUCACCCAAAGACAAUUUAGUAAAUGCCUUUGGCGGUAUGAACGGAGCUGCCUCACGAUCCAUACCUGCUGGAGAUUUCGCUGUCAAUACACCGCCCUUGGUUUCGGUCAAUCCUGAACGAUGGGGACUUAAUGGAGACUCCCCUAUUCAACCGCCAAUGGAAGACAUAAAUUUUACAGCCGACAUGAACAUGAGCAUGGGAAUCGAUGAUAGCACGUUCACUUGGGAGAUGAUCGGGCUUGGUCUAGAGGAACCAUUGCCUCCACAGGAGACGAUUGACGAACUGGCACCAAGCCAAAGACCUCCGGUCGCUUUGCGAUAUAUUAUGUGGGCUCUUGCAGCGUCUGUGGUUGAGAAAUUCUUUGACCUCAAAGACCAUUUCUAUCAGCGAAGUCGAAAAUACGUAGAAUCGGACUCUCUCAAAGGCCAUGGAGAGCAUAUGAUUUCCGUCGCCAAUGCUCAGACACACGUUUUGUUGGCAUCAUACGAGUUCAAAAUGAUGUACUUCCCACGUGCAUGGAUCAGUACGGGGACAGCGAUUCGAUUAUGUCAGAUGAUGAGUCUACAUAAAAUGGAUGGAGCUGGACUUGACGUAAAGCAGUGUCUUCCACCUCCUCGGGACUGGACAGAACGCGAGGAGAGACGAAGAACCUUUUGGAUGGCGUUCUGCGAAGAUCGAUAUGCGAGUAUUGGGACGGGAUGGCCGAUGACGAUCGACGAAAAGGACAUUCUAUCUGAUCUCCCCUCAUCUGAUGAAGCUUUCGAUAUGAGUAAAGCAGAGACUACUCAAUCUCUCGCACAAGCUAUGGAUCCCAAUGGGGCUUCCAAUCUCUCUCCCUUUGCAGGUAUCGUGCUAAUGGCCUGUCUCUUUGGGCGAAAUUUGAUCCAUUUACAUCGCCCAGAUGAUGAUGAUCGGGAUCAUGACCUGAACGGCGAGUUCUGGAAACGACACAGAAACAUGGACAACAUUCUACUCAACACCUCGCUCUCUUUACCAUCCAACCUGAAGCUACCCAACGGCUUAAACAAUCCUAACAUCGUAUUCACCAACAUGAACAUCCACACAUCGACCAUCUGUCUACACCAGGCCGCCAUCUACAAAGCGGACAAGAACCGGCUUCCAUCUUCAAUCAGCGCUGAGAGCAAGAUACGAUGUAUCAAUGCAGCUAAUGAGAUUGCAAGCGUAAUGCGAAUGGUCUCUCACAUGGAUUUAUCAACGAUGAAUCCCUUUAUAUCCUUCUGUCUUUAUGUUGCGGCAAGAGUUUUCGUCCAGUACUUGAAGAGUAGACCAGAGGAUAGUCAAAUUGGAGACUCUUUGCGAUUCCUACUUUCAGCUAUGAAUGCCCUGAAAAGGAAGAACCCCCUCACAGAGUCGUUCUUGGUACAACUCGAUGUUGAUCUUGAGGGGCUUGGUAUGCGCAACCCAAAAUACAAAACUGUAUUUGCGUACGGUGAAGAUAACGCCGGUAUGGCAGGCUGCAAACCUAAACCAGGAGCAGGUUUUAACGGGCUUCCCCAACAACCCAGAAACGAAUGUACUUAUAUGAGAUUACCAGAAGAGAUACAGGAGGAAGCCCCAACGGUGGCCGGGCCCGUCGCUUCAUCUUCCAAUAAUCAAAACAGUUCCGAAGGUUGGGAUUCAACUUAUGGUACGGGCACAGAUCAAGGAAGUAAUGUACAAAGCGCACUCGGCAAUUUGGCAAUUCAUACUACUCCCGCACUUUUCGAUACGUUUAACAAACUUAACAAUGUAAAUGGCGGAAGCAGCUACAAUGGUGGCGAUUCAGGGCUUUCUCCGGAUACGGCAAACUCGUCCUCUAACAGACCAACACCAAGCUCAACAACACCGUCAGACUCGAGACCAAACUUGCAGUCAAAUCGCGCCAAAUCUGCAAAUGGCUCGCACGAAACAAGUCCUCUUCCUCACCCAUCAAGCGACCCCAAUCGUCAUACUCCCAUGAACCAUUUCUUUCCAGGUCAAGCAGACUUCAGCAACAUUAGCGGUACUGGCAUGACACCCGAAAACACCUACAACGUGCCAGAAACGCCAGGAAGGCAAUUCGAUGUCCCCGGUUGGGAGAACAUCAGUCACAAUCAAACGACAGGGUUAACUCCUGUUGGCGAAGGCGUGUUCAGACAGCUAAUGGGGCUGGGUCCGAUGGAUCCAAUGGAUAUCGGCUGGGAAGGACAAUCUUAG